UCGAGCAGACAAAAGCGAGUGUGACUGCAGAAAGCCGUUGCUGUCGGCGCGAUCAAAGGAUGCGGGUAUUGUACAACGCGUCCCGCGAUGACAGAAAGCCGAGACUGCUGAGCGAAUGUGGUAUUGCAACGAGCAGCGUAACGUGGAUGAAUCCGAACAGAAGAAACGCUUCGAGCGAAUGAAUGACCAGCAGGUGACAAGCAGACGUGGCGCCGGUGAUGAGAGAACUUGGAAGGUCGGAAGUGGAAGACAAUACGGCGGCCAAGUAGUGGAUGGUAAGACGGCGGGUGAAUGUGGUACCAGUUUUUCGAAAACGAGUGUGUGAUGCAACUCCACGCGACGCGUAAUGUGGUGGAGAGGAGGCGCUGCUUGUCUUUGAUUCACAGCAAUGCAAAUCUUUCAAUU